AUGGCAUUGAUCAGGACGUUGUCUGUUUACUUUCCGAUGAGCAUCUGGAUCAAUAACUUGACGAAAUCUAAGACGGUGGUCAAAAUUAUUGUGUUUGUUUACGCAUUUUGGUUCGUAUUUUAUACAUAUAACUUGGUCUUUUACAAAAUUGUCUGGUAUCCGGAUAUUUUGAGAAAGAGCUGUGAAUACUACAGUUUACAUUUUAAAAUCUUCGCUUUUCAUGUUCUUGUCGUAACUUACCGAGACAUGGAGUUUCAACUCAAACGAGAAGAGUGGGAACCGGUUGUCCGAUUUGUUCCAACUGUUUUUUAUCCAAUUCUUACUGUGGCACUGAUUUUACAGUUGAGAACUAUCAAGAAAAAACAGAAAAAAGUUAACAAGAAUGCUCUGAGCGAUCGAUCGAAUAACACUACAAAUCUUAUAAUAUUCAUGACCGGAAGUUUUAUGUUAUCUGAAGGGUUGGCUGGUUUAACUGGAAUUUUGACUCAACAAGCUAGUAAAAGUGUUGCAGAAAAUGAGACUGAGGAAAAUAUUAACUGGGUUUCUGCACUCGGAACAUUCCAAUUCAUUUGCAUAAAUCUUCGAACAAUAAAUGCUUCAACCCAUCCAUUUAUAUGUUUUGCAAUGUCUUCUCAGUAUAGAGAAACGGUCAAACGAAUGUUGUGUUUGGGAAAAAAGAAUAAUGGAAAGACAAUCAAAGUCAGCACAGCGAGUGCAGUCAGUCUACAAAGUAUUACGGAAAGAACUUCUCUGGAUAUGACAGAUUAUGACUAUCAAUAUCAAUACGAAUACGAGGGUAGUCCCACAUCUUCAUAUUCUUAUCCAUCGUAUUCGUAUGAAGUAUCAAAAGAUUACAAUUAUUUAGAAGAGCAAACUGUUUAUGACAAAAUUUACACAUAUUCUAGUGACGUUAACUUUUUAUUCCAGGCCAUAGUAAUUUUAAUAAAUCUAGUUCAUCUACUUAUUUUAAUUCAACAAGAAAUAAGAUCGAACACGAUAUACGUUCUGAUGAUUGGAAUUUGUGUGUCUGAUCUUUUGAACUUCUCAAUUUCCAUUUAUUUGGAAGGAGUGGAUCGAGGCUGUCUAAACUAUCCUCAAAACUUAUGUGACGACGAAGAGAAGAAGAUUGCAAAUCGGAACAGCACUCAAUACGUGUUCGCGAUUCCAGUUCAUAUUUAUGAUAUAACGAAUGCAAGGGAAGGUUGGGAGCAUUGGGUUAGGAUAGUGCCUACAGUAUCUUAUCCGGUUUUGACUGCCUUGUUAUUAUUCAAACUUAGUGAAAUCAAGGAGCGGAGGAGACAUGCGAAUGAGAGAAAUAAUAAGAAAAAAGACAAAUCCGACAAUUUGACAAAACUGAUUCUGUUCAUGACAAUUAGUUUUAUGUUAUCCGAAGGAAUUGAUGGAGUUCGUAGUUUCUUGAUAAUAGAUGCAUUUUCGUCGGGAAGUGAAUUCCGAAACUUACGAAAAACUCUUUUCUCAUCUCAAUAUAUCAUCACAAGUCUUCGAUGUUUCAAUGCAAUGUCUCACUUGUUUGUGUGUUAUGCAAUGUCUUCUCAAUAUAGAAACACUACAAGACGGAUACUAUAUUUGGAGAGAAAACAAUCAAUAACGAUGAAAGUGAUUCCAGUGACAAGUGCUAGUUCGACGGAUCCAAGAACUUCGAGAAAACGAAAAACAAAGGAUUCUGUGAUACCUGCAUGA